UUUGAGAGCGCUGCGGGAGCCGUAGGGAACGGCCGAGAGGAGCCGGAGGGAAAGGCGGAGGCAGCCGGAGCGCGGGGAGAAAGAGUUCUCCGCGUACCGUGUCCGUGCGCUGCGCCGGGAGCGCGGUGCUGGAGCGCAGAGCUGCGGGACACAGCCCCCUGCGGGGAGCGGGGACCUGGGGGACAAAGCCCGAGGUUUGCGCUGGGAAAGUUGGAAAAAAGGGAAAAAACUGCAGCGGGGCCGCAGCUGAGGGGAUGCCACCGGCUCGUCCCGCUGCUGUGGCACUUCGGGGCCGAACUCUUUAGGAGCAGCAGAGGGAAAGCUGCGCGGCUCCCGGCGGCGGGGGAUUCAGCUCUGUGUGUUGGUGCGUGUAUUUUACUGUUCUCUGACGUUUGGGUUAUUUGUCUCUAUUUGUUAAGUUGUAGUAAACCUAAUAGCCCUCAUUUAUUUUGAGACUCCCGAUUCUCCUGAAAGGAAACAAAUAGAUUUCUCCUGCAUCCACGUACUGCCGGUUUCAAACGGUUCUCUUAUCACUGCCGCCGUUCCCAAAACACGAAUGAUGCUCUUAAAAUGCUCUCGAGAGCCGACCCCAUGGGAGCUGGGAUAUCGGCGACCGAGUGCUGACACCGACGGUCCGGGAGCGGCCCUGGGAGCUGCACCCACCCCCAUCCCGCUGCCUUUGGGAGCUCCAUGUCCGCCACGAAGUUCGGAGGCGUGAAUGCGGUUUGGCGGUGCCCCGGUCCUUCAGGCCCACGGUGUGGGGCCGUGCCACCCCCCAGCACCCCCCGCCCCAGUGCCGGGGCACGCAGCCCUGAGCUGGAGCUCCUCGCUGCCCCGGAUCCCUGGGAUUAGGCCCGGAUUAGCCGCGAUCCGUCCGCGGGAGCCACCCUGGUGUGCGCGGAGUGGCACUGCGGGGCCGGAGGGAGCCGUGGGGAUGGAGCCGGGAGCUGCGCUGCAAGAGCUGUGCGUGGGACACCCGAGAGGAGCACCCAAGUUUGAUGGGGAGAACAUGUACAUGGGAAUGAACGACAAUACCCAGGAGUUUCUGUCGGCAAAUCAGACGUAUAACAGUCAGAAUGAGAAUAACGAAGACUACGAAAUCCCACCCAUCACUCCUCCCAACCUCCCCGACCCUUCGCUCCUGCACUUGGUGGACCAUGAAGCUGGAUAUCACUCCCUGUGCCACAGCCUGCCUCCAAACAGCCUGAUACCUGCCUACCCCUACCAGAACAUGGACCUGCCAGCCAUCAUGGUGUCCAACAUGUUAAGUCAGGACGGGCAUCUCCUCUCCAGCCAGCUACCCACGAUCCAGGAGAUGGUCCACUCGGAUGCCGCGUCCUACGAGUCCAACCGACAAGUGCCGCUGCUGAACCGCCCCGCCAUGCUGGCUGGCCCCAUGGGUGCCCUCAGCCAGUCGCAGCUCAUUUCACAGAUGGGGAUGCGCAGUGGUGUCACCCAUGGCUCCCCAUCACCCCCGGGGAGCAAGUCUGCUACACCAUCUCCCUCCAGCUCUACUCAGGAAGAGGAGACAGAGUCACACUAUAAGGUCACUGGAGAGAAAAGACCAUCAACAGAUCUGGGAAAAAAGCCCAAAAGCCAAAAGAAGAAGAAAAAGAAGGAUCCCAAUGAGCCUCAGAAGCCCGUGUCAGCGUAUGCCCUGUUUUUCAGAGACACACAAGCUGCUAUCAAAGGGCAAAACCCCAAUGCUACCUUCGGAGACGUAUCAAAAAUUGUUGCAUCAAUGUGGGACGGUUUGGGAGAAGAACAAAAACAAGCAUACAAGAGGAAAACAGAAGCUGCCAAGAAGGAGUAUCUGAAAGCCCUGGCCGCGUACCGGGCCAGCCUGGUCUCCAAGUCUGUUUUCCCACAGAGCUCUGCUGACCAGGGGGAGACGAAAAGUGCCCAGGCCAACCCACCUUCCAAGAUGAUCCCACCCAAGCAGACCAUGUACCCUAUGCCACCACAGGCUUCGUCGCCCUACCCUGGCCUGGGCUCCUUCCUGUCCCCAUCGGACCUGCAGAGCUACCGCGGCCACCCCAGCCUCCCCAGGACCCUGCCCUCCAAGCCCAUGCUGCCCAGCAUCAGUGCCUCCCCGCCGCCCGCCUUCCAGAUCAGCCCUCCCUUGCACCAGCAGCUUUCCUUGCACCACCCGCAGAGCUCCCUCCUCAGCCAGCCCCUCAGCAUGCAGCAGGUUCCCCAGCAGCCCCUCCUGUCCCCCCCCAUGGCACUACAGGUACAGCCCCCCAUGAACUCCUCGCCUCCCGGGCAGCAGGACUUCUCACAUAUUUCCUCUGAGUUUCAAAACAGCGUUGGACCCCGUUCGCCUGGUGCAUCAAAUCCUCCCGGAAGCACUGAGUGGGACAAUGACUACCCCAGCAGAGAGUGUGGGAUUAACCACUGCAGGCCAGUAGACAACGGGGCAUUGCUCAUGCGUUUUCUGUCAUCUGAACUGUGAAUGUACGGUUGUCUGUUGUUCCAGAAGGGAUGGGUGAUAAAAAGAUGUCAUGCUGCACAAAGAAUUUUCAUUUCCUUGUCGUGGUGCUUCCUCCCAUAGCUUGAGUCCUAGGUUUGAGUCACUUGAGUUGCUUAAAGUGCCAAUGGACAUGGUUUAGCCAUCACCGAGUUCUGGGAGCAAUUUCUGCUGAGGUUUCUCUGCCUCCUCUUAGCCAAAUGGGUCAGCACCUUUUAACCACAAAGCACAGGGUAUAUCAUGUGUUUGUCAAUGGUUGGAAGUCUGACAGCUUACAACAGCUGGGAACCUGCCCCAAAAUGGACAACAAGUUGAUUGGCUAAUUAUGGUAAAUGAUGCUCAAGGUUUCCUCUUUGUGGACUCACGGAAAUGAUGCUAUGGAAGCAGGUAGCUUAAAAAUCACAGAUAAUUUCUUCAUUGGACAUGAAGGGCUUUCCCUUUUUGGAGGUUUUCCAUCCCAUGUGCAAUGGAAUAGUUUGAGACAUUUCCUUCCAGAGCAAGACAGGGAAGCCCAGCCCAUUACAGGCAUUGGGUUCAGCAUGACCAUCACCCAGAGAACCAAAAAAAUCCACGUCCUGUGAGUGUUUGGUGCAUCUACAACGUGUGGUACUUAGGGACACGGUGAGCAAUAUUGUUGGUAGGUGGACAGUUGGACUAGAUGAUCGUAGAGGUCUUCUCCAACCUUAAUGACUGUGAUUCUAUGAUUAUGCCCUGUACAUAGGCAUUUUAGUGCUACUUGCCGGAUAGUUGUGUGGGCUGGCCAGCAGUGGUGGCUGUGUGCAACCAGAGCAGCAAGUUUGUGGGUUUGCUGCUUGCUUGAGAAGCUUAAACUGUACUCAUGUUGAAGAGCUUCACCUUUUGUGGCUGUGUAGUGUACCCCGAGUACAGUCCCAAGAGAUGCUGGGGCAAUGUCCUUCUGCUUCUAAAGCAAUCACUCUCACCACCAAGGCCACAGUCUCCUCUAGCUGUCUCUAUCCAUCCUAGGGUUUAACCUUGGAGGGCACGAAGCCUCAUCCUCCUUAGAGCUGUGUGAUACUUCAGUCCUCUGCACCUUGCAGGUGGUCUUCUGUCCAGAUCUUCCCUCUUACACCCUGAAAGGGCCAGCACAAAGGUCCCUUCAAUGCUGCUUGCAUUCCCCAAUAAAUAAAAACAUCAGGAUCAUCUCAAAGCUGGGCAAGAGUGAGGGUGUAAAAGCUGUUUCCAAUCUCAGCCUAAUCCAGUGCUCUUGGCUCAGUAUUAACAGCUUCAAGCCUGCUCUUGUGCUCUGUCAAACAGGCACAGGAGCUGCUGUGAGAGCAGGUAGGGAAGGAGGUUGGAAGCUUCUGAGUAUUGUUUGAUUUGCUUGAAGUGCUGGAACACAGUGCUUUCACUGGAGAUAAUAGCAAGCUCCCAGGCUUUUCAGAGUACAGCUCCCGCCUGUGCCAGCAGUGCACUUACAAUUGCUGGGCUGGGCACAGACUGUACAGACGUUUAUUUCUUUCAGGGAAAUAAAUAACUCACCGAGCCACUGGGAUGUGGCUGUGCCUGCCUGCCGAGGGUGCUCAGCUAUGGGGAUUAUUCUGGGCUCUGCUGGGGAGUCUGGCAUGCUCCUUAGCGAAGGCACUGCAGACGACCCCAAAGGAGGAAGCUCUUUGGCACUUGAUGAUAAAAGCCAUUUUAGAUGCCGUGGGCAAAACGCUUGGAGGGUUUAUUUGUGCAGAUGCCGAGCAGAGGUGACUCCCAGACACGGGGGAAAUGCUAACAUUGCAGGCAGGACUGGGUUUUGUGUUGCUAAAACAAGCUCUUUGGCAUCCGGCUGUAGCGCCGUAUUGUUAGCACAGGGCCCAUGCGAUUCAUGAUCAAAGCUCAUGCAUUUCAUGACUUUGUCACAGCAGAAAGAUCGAAUUUCAUGGGUUUAUCACGGCUUCCUGGAAAAAAAAUCAUUUUAAAACCAGACAGAUUAUGCAGAGACUACCAGAUAAUUACGAGAGUAGGUUAUAGAAAUGAACUCAGAUGCAUAUGGAUCAGUACAGCGGAGAGCUCUUAGUGCACCAAAAAAUGUCAUCGUCUCUUUUAAGAGACCAUCUCCUGCAACUACACAGAGCAGCUGAUGGAAGCCGGGCUCCCGGAGCCGCCUUCCUUCAUCUCACUGUUCAGCCUGGUGCACGAGCACUGCCACCGCCUCCUGCUCCCGCCAGCCCAUAAUGUUUGCUGCCAAAGUGCUCCUCCUGGGGGUUUUCAAGACAAGGUUAGAUGUGGCACCGAGGGCCGUGGUGUAGUGGGCAUGGUGGGGAUGGGGUGGAGGUUGGACUGGAUGACCAUAGUGGUCAUUCCAACCUUAAUGAUUCUGUGAUCCUCUCAUUCUGUAGUGUCCGCUUGUAGUGUCCACACACAUCUGUAGGAACAACCCCCUUCUGACUGCUGAAUUGCAGCCCAUGUGCAUCUUAAAUGUGUUGUCCAGGAGAGUGAUUAUCCGGAUCUCUUCAUCUUCCUGCCUGUGCUGUUUAUCCAGUUCUGCACUCAUUUGCUAGCUAGGCUCCGAGCCAUUGUGCUGCUCCUCGCUGCCUUGCCCUGAGCUGGGCACAGGGUGAGCCACAGCUGCCAGCAAAGGGAGCAGACGUCUCGUUGGGUUUGACUCAUCAGCACGGCUUUGGGUAUCCUUGGGAAGCCUCUGGAUCGUGUGAUUGCCCAUUUCAACCUCCAAAUUGCGUUCAGCUUAAUUGUAAUUAAAGCAAAAUCGGCAACUGUCCGGGUGGAAAAGGGAUUAUUUUCUGUCGUGAUGUGGCUCAGCUGUGGAGCCCCAGGUUCCUGCAAAUGAGGAUCCCAUCGACUGGCCCAGCACACGAGCAGCGUGCCUGGCUGUCAGAGGAGGGUGCUUACCUCAUGCCUGCCCUUGGCAUUUCUUUAGCUUCUGUGAUGUGCUGGCACUGGGUUAGCUGGGGUAAAACCUCCCAGUCUUGCAUUUCCUUUUAUGUUUGUCAUCCAGACAUCUGAAAAGCUAACGAGAUCGGCUUUCUGUCUGUCCUUCCCCAUAUAAUAGGUCCCUUUAGGAAGGAUUGCUGAAGCUUUUAUUUUUUUUUUUCAGCCAAUUGGUGCUAAUUAUAAUGCCAUUAAACUACUCUUCUUCCCUUAUGCCCCUCAGAUUCCAGGAUCCUUCGAACAGACACUCCUUAAUUCAUAAACCAGCCAUAUCAGAGAGACAUUUAGAUGUCUCUUAGCCCAUCCUCUCCCCUUUUAUAAUGUGUUUGAGCUCACUGACUUCCAUCCAAUUUUUCUAGCUCUUUCUGGGCUUAAGCCCAAGCUAACCCAGACUGCUAGCAAAGGCCCGGGCCGCCUUUCUCCAUCUCUGCUUAGUACAUGACUAUCACUUCCCACAAGCAAUUGCAGCAUCCAAUUUCAUUACUUUUUGCCAUGGUAUCACAGACUUCUUACACAGUCCCCUGUCUCCCCCACCUGACAGCCUUGUUCUCGCGCUUGCUCUUUCCCAGGCACCCACCAAAUCCCUGUGUUUUGCAGUGAGUUUCUCCAAGGCACCUAGCUCCCCUGUAUCCCGGUUGCAGCUCGGUUUACAGACACUUGCAAAUCUUUCCUAAUUCCUCCAGGCACCUCACCAUUUUUUUUCUGCUCUUUCCAUACCAAAGCUAUCUUCAGGGUUCGUUCGCAUCUGUCUCCUACCAUUUAGAUCUGUGGUGACAGCGCUGAACAGGAGUCAUCUUCCUAUCUCCUUCCUCUCCUUUGCAGGAGGUAACUUUAUCCACCAGGUUUCAGGAGGUACUGUUGUUAAGGCCCAGUGUUACUCUGGAGAUGCUGAAACACCUGCUCCGUGCUGACCCUGCUUUGCGUGGAAGCAGACAGUUCCAAGGCCCUUCCAGCCUGUAUUAUUCGGUGUAUUCUGUAAAAUUCUGAUGAAUUUCACCUAAUCUGUAGCCUAGGCCUGCAAAUUAUAUGAGCUGAUUAAAACCAGUGCCUGCGUGUCAUUGCAUGAUGCCAUUGCAGAGGUGCGCUGGCUCUUCCUUGGCACAGCUGUCCCAGAUCAAUGCCAGCCCACAGUGGGAGGGCUCUGGUCACCCAGCGAUGUGGCACGGAGGUGUUUAAGCCCAGCAGAAGUGGUGGUGUUCAUGCAGUCACGUCCAGGCUGAUUGCAAAGCGAGGCCUCCCCUCCCCACCCAGACUGGGUUCUUUUGGGGCGUCAUCAUUCAGCACCUUUUCUCCUCUCUUCCCACUCUUUGGGGUUAAGGAGGGGAUGCUCUCAGGUAAACCUUGUCCGUGUACAGCCGCUCCAUCCAGAUGCUGGCAGCCUCACAAUUCCUGCUAGGCAUGAAGCAAUUCACUCUUAAGUGGGGGAAAUUUCCAAAUCAGACUCUAAGUGAGCAAACUUUAUAAAAAGACGGAGGCAGAACAUCACAAAUGCACUUCGUUGGGGUUCAGUUAUUGAUGGCAAUACGUUGUAAUGAACUGGGAAAUGUUCUGUAGCAUAGUUUGUAAAAUUAAUGAAGUUUUAGUAUCGGAAUACCUCACUGCUGUUCACUAGUAUUAAAUCUUUGCUGAGUGCAGGAGGGAACACUCCGCAUUUAAAAUGCAGAUUAUAAAAUGUGGAGAUUAACAGAAUGCAGACUCAUCUGUGCUGCACUCUGUCAACAAAAGCAUUGCUUGUUGACUGCUGUUCCCCCAUUAUUCCACUCACAAUCACACCCACACCAGAAUUUCCCAAAGCUUUGCGAUGCUCUUCUCUACUUGUAAGGCCAAGAUGUCUUUGUGGAGCCGAUCAUGUUUCCAUCAGGUCUGUGCAAACCAUAAGACCCACUGAAAUGGAAUGGGCUUCAGAGCAAAAGCCACGUCGUGCUUUAAUCUGGGAGAGGGACCCACUCGUCUCCGUGUGCUCUCAGCUGCAAGGUGCCAGAGCUCGAGGAGCAUUUGGACACCGCUCUGAGCCAUGGGGAUCAGGUUUGGGUGCUGCUGUGUGGAGCUGGGAGUGGGCUUGGUGGUCCCUGUGGGUCCCUCCCAACUCGGAAUGUUCUGUGACCCUGUGGUGUGUGCAUGGUGAACCUGGUGUGCAAAUGGCUACACAAGUGCUCAUCUCCGACUCCCAGGGACCGUCCUCCUGCCCGUCUCACCUCCUCCUCUCGUUUCCCUUACAGCAUGCUGCCAAGGGACAAGGCACUCUACCUCACCUAAGGCUCACCAUCUGUCCGAGGAGGCUCAGAUGAAGGACACUUGGGAGGGUCUAUCUUACAGACAACGCGGCGAGGCUCCGAGCAAGUCGUACUGCCAAGGGAGCAACCUCUGCACCUCGUCGCUGGCUUCGUUCCUAGGCUCUAAGAGCAGUUUUCUCUGAUUACUUUUGAACUCUAAAGUCUACUUUCCGUGGAAGCCCAGAACGUCGUUAAUCACAAAGAACAAAAAAUAAAAAUAAAAAGUAAAUAAACACAAAACCAACAAAAAAAAAAAUAAAAUAAAGACACAAUUCUUCUGCUUGCCAUCAGCUUAGCUACAGACUACUUUCCUAGUGAACUGCUUUUAGAUGCAGCAUAAGCCCAGGUCUGGUGUCCUCAAGCAUUAGGCCAGCUCAGUAGGAGGAUGCACUCUUUUGACUUGCUAACAGCACUAAACUUUGUGCAAGAAAAAUGUGAAGUUUGUGUGAAUAUUGUACAUGCAAAGGCCUUGGAUGUCCGGCAAAAAAAAAAAUACAAAAAGUAAAUAAAAACUAUUCCUAGGUAGGUGGGGGAGAGAGGAGAAGGCAAAAUACGGGAGGGAAAAUGUGAAACAGAUCUUGAAAAUAUAAUUUGUUGGAUAGUUGUAAGUAGUUUACUAAGUGUUUUAGAGCUGUGCUAAAGACAUCUUUAAGAUUUUUUUGUGAAAAAAAUUAGUAGUUUACUUUAUAGUAAAAGCAUUUUAUAUUAAUUGUAGCACAUUUUUUAGUUAUACAUAGAAGGGAGAUGUGUAUAAAAAAAAAAACAACAAAAAAAGCCUGCCAAACUUGUUUCUAUUAUUUGUACAGCAAGAAAUGGACGAUUUAUAUCCAUGUUGUAUGGCAUUAUUAUAUUUUUUCUGCCAUAUGUCCAUCUAUUUAAAAAAUUGCUGACAAUGAUUUUUGUCUAUUUAUGAAAAAUUAGAGAGCAUAAUUACGGUUUCUCAUAAGGUGCAUUGUUCUUUUUUUUUUAUUUUUUAUUUUGUUUGAUGGUGCUGUGUUCGCAGCACCUGGCACAUUCGGUUCACAAUGCUUAUCUUACCUUUCUUUAUAAUAAAAGAUACAAAAAACAGAGCUGAA